AGUUUACAGUUUGGGGCGUGACUGCAGGAUCGGAAUCACUUUGUCUCAGAGGGGGAGUUAAAUAGACACAUGGUAUUUUUAUCGCUUUAGUUUUAUUCCAGCAGCACGUUUUCUUUCUUCAGGUUGGUCGGCUGAAAGGAGGCUUUGCGUGUUGAUCCGUUCGGUCUGGCUUUAAGAAAAACAACAGCCCACCAACAACUCACCCUCACUGCCUGCGAGUGACUGAAUACUCAGGCUGAAUAAUACCAAGUCGCACACUGAAGCCAAGGGGGGAAGAGAGCGAGCUGGCGCCGCUGCUUCUGCGAGAACUUUUGAAAAUAAACCUUUACAACUCUCCUUCGGAUCCACGUGAAAAAAGCAAAGCCGGACUGCAAGGUCUCAGCGUUGCCUGUUGCAAUCUGUAAUUUUUACGUUGCAUUUGCCUUUUUAUUUUUAUUUUACUUUCAUUUUGGAACUGCUUCCCCAGCUCCUUGGCUGACCUUUGGAGAUCAAUGGACCUUUUAUAUCUCCUGCCCGUAUUUAAACAAACUAUGGACGCUUAAACUCCCCCCACCCCCACUCCUGGGGCUAACGCUGCGCGGCGGCAGCAGAGGGAGAAGCACACAGGCACUUCUUUUGAGACGGGGGGAAAGAUUGCAGGGAUUUCUCCUCCUCAUUUCAUCCUCACGGAUUCUCCCGAGUCUCCUUCGCUGCUGAGAGUUGAGCCGUGUGGUGUUUCAUCUGAGUCCCGCAAGAUUUCCCCUCUCUUUUUACAAACAAACAAACAAACGCAAAAACCAUGUGUUGCUUAUCUGUAGAGACAGCUAUAUGGAGAGAGAGGCAUACAGUGAGUGCGUGUGUGUUUUCAUAAGACUAUCAAGAGAGCAGAUCAGAAGCAGCCCGGAUCCCGACCCUGACUGUAUGAAUAAUUUGCCGAUGUGCACACCGGAUCCAUCUUCCCGCAGCAGCUGCAGCAGCAACGGGAUCAGCGGAGCGCUCGGGAGGAGGCAGCCGGCGGAAAGGAUCCUACUUGCCCCGGCCCCGGAGCCCUGGCAGCAGCGGCGGAAAGUUUGGCUGGGGGGUGACAGAGGCGAGAAGACGCCCUGACACAGGCGAGCUCCCUAGUCAGACUACAUCCCCCCCCUCCCCCCCUGCGCCCACCCACCCGGCAACUUCUCCCCUGCAAGGGGAGGGGGUGGAGAAGGGGAAGCAACAUUCUCCUUCUCUAUGGUAUGUCCAUAUGACUGGGGGCACCUAGAGACCACAGCAUCUCAGCGGAGGAGAAGAGAAAUUUCCCCUCCAUCCCUUGCCUUCCUGUGUCGGUCCAGCGUGGACAGCAGCUCAGCCCUAGUUCCCCUCUGCCCCCUUGCCCACCUCUGUGGUAGAGGAUGAAAAUGCUUUGCUGGAGGGUGGCGUUGUGGCUGGCGGGGUUGACUGCCUGGGGGAAGCUCUCCUCCUGCUCUGGCCUUGAUUAUGACUACACUUACGAUUUCAAUGAAGAAGAUAAAGCUGAGGCGAUAGAUUAUAAGGAUCCUUGUAAAGCCGCUGUCUUUUGGGGAGAUAUUGCCUUAGAUGAUGAAGACUUAAAAAUCUUUCAAAUUGACAGGACAAUUGACCUUACGCAGCAUUCAGAUGAAAGACUUGGACAUAACACAGGUGGCUUUGGUGAACAUGGGACAUCAAAAAAACGAGGUGCCCUCUAUCAGCUUAUAGACAGGAUAAGAAGAUUUGGCUCUGGUUUUGAACAAAACAAUUCUUCUAAAGGAAGAUCAACUGUAAAAUUCUCAGGGAAAAAUGAGAAAAACAGAUUUCCCAGAGCUGCUACGUCACGAACAGAAAGAAUAUGGCCAGGGGGCGUCAUUCCGUAUUUUAUAGGUGGAAAUUUCACUGGCAGCCAGCGAGCAAUGUUCAAACAGGCUAUGCGGCACUGGGAAAAGUACACAUGUGUUACAUUCAUUGAACGAAGUGAUGAAGAAAGUUAUAUUGUAUUUACAUACAGACCUUGUGGGUGCUGUUCUUAUGUGGGUCGAAGGGGGAAUGGUCCUCAGGCUAUAUCUAUUGGCAAGAACUGUGAUAAAUUUGGAAUUGUUGUUCAUGAACUAGGGCAUGUAAUAGGCUUUUGGCAUGAACACACACGGCCAGACCGAGAUGACCAUGUAACCAUCAUUAGAGAAAACAUCCAGCCAGGUCAGGAAUACAACUUCCUGAAGAUGGAGCCUGGAGAGGUGAACUCCCUUGGGGAACCAUAUGAUUUUGACAGCAUUAUGCACUAUGCCAGGAACACCUUCUCAAGGGGUAUGUUUCUGGAUACCAUUCUUCCUUCCCGUGAUGAUAAUGGUAUACGACCUGCCAUUGGUCAGCGUACUCGUCUAAGUAAAGGAGAUAUUGCACAGGCAAGAAAGCUGUACAGAUGUCCAGCAUGUGGAGAAACACUGCAAGAAUCUACAGGCAACUUUUCCUCUCCAGGAUUUCCAAAUGGUUAUCCUUCCUACACACACUGUAUAUGGCGAAUCUCUGUUACCCCAGGGGAGAAGAUUGUUUUAAACUUUACUACAAUGGACCUGUACAAGAGCAGUCUCUGCUGGUAUGACUAUAUUGAAGUAAGAGAUGGCUACUGGAGAAAAUCACCUCUGCUUGGCAGGUUCUGUGGUGACAAACUGCCAGAAGUACUCACAUCGACUGACAGCAGAAUGUGGAUAGAGUUCCGCAGCAGCAGCAAUUGGGUAGGAAAAGGUUUUGCAGCAGUUUAUGAAGCAAUCUGUGGAGGUGAGAUCCACAAAAAUGAAGGCCAGAUCCAGUCUCCUAAUUAUCCUGAUGACUACAGACCAAUGAAGGAAUGUGUGUGGAAAAUAACAGUGUCAGAAAACUACAAUGUCGGAUUAACCUUUCAGGCAUUUGAGAUCGAAAGACAUGACAACUGUGCCUAUGACUACUUAGAAGUCCGAGAUGGAACCAGUGAAAACAGUAAUUUGAUUGGCCAUUUCUGUGGCUAUGAUAAGCCAGAAGAUAUUAGAUCUACCUCUAAUACCCUGUGGAUGAAGUUUGUUUCUGAUGGAACAGUUAACAAAGCAGGGUUUGCUGCUAACUUUUUUAAAGAGGAAGAUGAAUGUGCCAAACCUGACAAGGGGGGCUGUGAACAGCGGUGCGUGAAUACCUUGGGCAGUUAUCAGUGUGCUUGUGAUCCUGGCUAUGAACUUGGGCCUGACAAAAAGAGUUGUGAAGCGGCUUGCGGGGGACUUCUGACAAAGCUAAAUGGGACUAUAACCACACCAGGAUGGCCCAAAGAAUAUCCUCCAAACAAAAACUGUGUGUGGCAGGUGGUUGCUCCCACUCAAUACAGAAUUUCAAUGAAGUUUGAGUUUUUUGAAUUAGAAGGGAAUGAAGUUUGCAAAUAUGAUUACGUGGAGCUUCGUAGUGGCCUUUCUUCUGAUUCCAAACUGCAUGGUAAAUUUUGUGGUACAGAAGUGCCUGAAGUUAUCACAUCACAAUAUAACAAUAUGAGAAUUGAGUUCAGAUCUGACAACACAGUCUCAAAGAAAGGCUUCAAGGCUCACUUCUUUUCAGACAAGGAUGAGUGUUCUAAGGACAACGGUGGUUGCCAGCAUGAAUGCAUCAACACUAUAGGAAGCUAUGUCUGUCAGUGCCGCAAUGGAUUUGUGCUACAUGAAAAUAAACAUGACUGCAAGGAAGCUGAGUGUGAACAGAAGAUCCAUAGUCCGACUGGAGUCAUCACAAGUCCUAACUGGCCAGACAAAUACCCAAGUAGGAAGGAAUGCACAUGGGAAAUCAGUGCCACUCCUGGUCACAGAGUCAAAUUAACCUUUAAUGAGUUUGAGAUUGAACAACAUCAGGAAUGUGCUUAUGAUCACUUGGAAGUGUUUGAUGGAGAAACAGAAAAGUCACCAAUUCUGGGACGUUUAUGUGGCAAUAAGAUACCAGAUCCUCUUGUUGCUACUGGAAAUAAAAUGUUCCUCCGGUUUGUUUCUGAUGCAUCAGUACAAAGAAAAGGCUUCCAAGCCACACACUCUACAGAGUGUGGUGGUCGACUAAAAGCUGAAAUGAAGCCCAGAGAUCUGUACUCUCAUGCUCAGUUUGGUGACAACAACUAUCCAGUUCAGAUGGACUGUGAGUGGUUGUUAGUAUCAGAGCAUGCCUACCGAGUAGAGUUAACAUUUCAGACAUUUGAGGUGGAAGAAGAGGCAGAUUGUGGUUAUGACUAUGUUGAACUCUUUGAUGGCCAUGAUACAACAGGUGUGAGACUUGGUCGAUUUUGCGGAUCAGGGCCACCAGAAGAAAUUUAUUCAGCUGGGGAUGCUGUUUUACUCCAUUUUCAUACUGAUGAUACAAUCAACAAGAAAGGAUUUCAUAUACGAUACAGAAGUAUAAAAUAUCAAGAUAGUGUUCACACCAAAAAAUAACGCAAGAACCUCUAUGCCAGAAAAUAAGAAAGAGAGAGAGAGAGUUAGUGUGAUGGAGAGGAAGGAAGCUGUAUUUUUUUACUGACAUUAUUAGCGCAAAUGUUUUAUAUAAGAGGUUCAGUUGAAAGCAAAAUGUAUAUGACCAGAAAAAUUUAGUUCACAAUGAAACUUUCACCCAUCACAAUGGAAUGGACAUGGUGAUGACAUGUGGGCUCCAUGCUUGACUGUCUCUGCAAAGCUGGUGAAAAGGCAUUGCAUGCUUCCAGGGAAACUGUAAAAGCUUUUGUUUCCAGCUUGAUGUUUGUAUAGAUGCUUGCAGAUUCAAUCACUUAAAUUCAGUGGAAGUGACCUUGCAGACUGUUCUUCCUUCUGAAAAUUAUCUGGUCCAGGAGAAAAAAUGCUCCUUCAGGUCACACACUCAGAAAACUGUCCUUAUAUCUUAUUGAAAUUGCUUUGGCUUUGUAUCAAGGAUACAGUGCAUGCAAAGACCAUAAAAGGAGAUAUGAAAUGAGAAAGUCUUCUGAGGUUGGUCUGUACUAGGGAUUCAUCACUCCUGUUCGUUUACCAAUAUUUUGAAACUGGAAAAUCACAUCUCCUGUAACGUAAUUGAUUUAAUUUUACCAGCAUAUUGAAAAGUCUGAAACAUUUUAUUCAUCGCCAUUAUUAGUACACUCAGAAUUUGGAUAGUAAGUAAUUGAAGAUGUCAAGUGUAUUGGUUAAGUAAGGUAUAACUGAUGAUGUGCUCUUAUUUUGCACUGAGCCCGAUAAGAAACUGAGUUAAUGUUUAAUAGAUCUGUUGUAAAUCAAAAUCUUUAUCCACUGGGAAACAGAAAUAAUCAUGAAAAGAAUCAUCUGAAACUCCAAUUACUGAUUUCAUUUUCAGUAGUAAAAUCAUAACUGCUGCUAACUUGUAUUUCCUUGGAACAUUUUAUGAAUGAGCUAAUUAUCCAUUUUAGCUAAUCAGAAACAAAGCUGAAAGUAGUAUCCAAAAGAAACAUUUCCCAACCCAUUGAAAGAACAGUAUAAUUUGUUUUCUUGAAAUAAGAAUUUCUAUAAUGGCAAAAAACAAACAGGAUUUGUUGUUGAAAGAGAAUUUCUUUGGUGCUAUUCCAUGAACAUUAAACACACAAUGAAGAUGUUUUAGACGUUUGAGCCAACAACCUGCAGAUCAUGAAUGUCUCACUAUGCCUGGCUGCAUCUGAAGAAUAAAGACUUAAUACGCAUAUGACGAGAUCAUUGCAAUGGCAGCACUAGUCCUGUGGAACAACUACUACUAUUGCCUUAGAAUUCUUGCACAUGAUCAAACAGAUCUUCCUGUAGAUACAUCUUUAAUUUGAUAAAUAAUUUGACAACUUGAACGUUUUAAUGUAUGUCAACGAAAAGAUCUUCAAGCAAAAACCCAUCUGCAGAGCUUAGAUCAUCUGCUGUAAAUACAGUGACCUGCUUUUGAUGUAGAAAUAUGUUACUUUUAGAAUGAACUAUUCUAUGUGCUUUAGGCCAUACAUUGCUUUAGUCAUGAUGAAUAUGCAUUAUGUAAGUAUGUAUGAAUGAAUGCUCCAGAAAGGUGAGAGGUGUUGUAUGGAUGAACAGUUAAAUUGUGCCAAGUUCUACCAGAACCCUGUUUUACUGUAGCAACUUUUCUUUAAAGGUUUCAUAGGCAGGUAAGUGGGACUUCUAGUCAGCAAGAACAGAAUUAAAAUGAAAUGUUACGUUUCACUUAUAAGGAAUAUUAUUUUGAUAUCCUUUGAUGUAAGUUGCUACCCAGAUUAGCUUAGUUCCUGUUACCUUACCAUGAACAUUCACUGGCACUAAUAAAUCUGGUGGGUUUUUUUGUUUUUUUUACAAAAAUAAAAACUAAACAGAUGUGUAGGCGUCUUUGGCUGUAUUAACCACUGAUUUAUGUUGCUGUAUCUCCCUUUUCCCUUCCAAAAAACUCUCACAAGUUAAGUUCAAAGAAUGAAUCAUUUUAAUUCCUCCUUUGGAUAUAAUUGUACUUUUCUAAUAUUGCAUGGCUUUAUUUUUCUAUGGAUCUUUUUCAGAGUGCUUGCACAAGAAGAAAUGAACAACAUAAACUGGCAGAGUGGAGCAGAGUUGCUCCAAAACCUUUCCAUACAAACUCCUGUCAUAAAACUUAACGUAGCAGAAAACUAUGCUUUAACUUCAAUGCACAAUAUACUGGCAUAGUUUGUUCUAUUCUGGAAUGGCUUAAGAAAACAUUUUAUUAAAAUAACGUAUUUAAAGGGGUAGAAAAAGGGUUUGAGGAGGGGGUAAAGGGCAGGGUUGCUGGGCUCUUUUCACACCACAUCAUUGCAUGUAAUCUUUUUUCCCUCAUUAACUUUUGCCCUCUGGUCCCAUCGCAAUAUUUUCUUACUAAGUUCUGUGUAGUGCAAACUGAACAACAUUUGCCCUAGCCACACAGGAGAAUUUCAGUCCUUUUUCCUCCCCCAACAUGCUACACAUUUUUCCACUUGGUGAAGUUUCUUCUGACCAUAGAAUUUGGCCCACGAUGAGGAUGAUUAUUUGGUAGGCUCAUCCCAGUUUAUCUAGGGAGGGGCUCCUUCAUGUCUGAAUCUCCAGUGGGCAAUUGGGGUGGUCAGGCACCUCCAUUCUGAGGAAGACAGCUUAGACUGGGCAAAUUGAGGAGAGAAGUAAGCAAACUUGGAUGGGUCCAUCCAGAAAGCUGCAAUAUGCAAGGGCUGGGGUACAGUCUUAGAGCAGCCACAGGAGCUAUGUUUCCACUUAUCCAGUAUACUUGGCACAGAGCGUCUGAGACACAUACUGGAAUAGCAACUGUGUGUUUUGGAGGGGAAAGAGGGCUGCUAUGCUUCUUGACAUUGGAGUACAUUGGAUAUUGGAGUUAGGGGUGUAAUUUCACUUCCCUAGCCCCUCCUUGCUCUUCCUAAAUAGAGCCCAAACACUUAGGCUAUGGGCCUUGGCCCUGUCCUCCUGUAAAAGAAUUAUAAUUGGUCAAGUUAACACCAUAUCCCAAUAAGCAGGGGGAGUAUAUCCCUGGAAGGUUUUCACCUCUUAAUUUAUUAUAUAUAUAAUACACAACCAGUGGCAAUUAAAUUCAACCUAUUUUAUUACAUUGGUCUUCAAGAUGUCACAGAAUCUAACAAAAGUGAGGUUAGUCUGGGGUGAGGUAGUUAUUCUGUCCUCAACUUGUCCUUGUAUUAUUACACGUUUGGUGAAUAAUUCCACAUUUUUCUGAGAACCAUGAAAUGGCUAACUACUGUAUGGUGACCUACGCGUGGGGUGACAGCCAGAUCAGAUGUUUAACAUUACUAUAACUUUGGUUUUGUAUUUAAAAAAGCUUAAAUUUUAUAAGCUUAUAUAAUUGAACGCAAACUUUGUUGCACUGGAGGGCUACAUUGGCAAUUUGUCAGGAGAGCAAGGGCCACGCUUAAUUUUUAUAAAAUGGAGGAAAUUGCUGUUGACCUCAUAAAAUAAAAGCCAUGCUAACUCUUGAACUGACCGAUUUCUGUUCAGCUCAAGAUGAAGCAUUUUGGCUCUGUAGUCCCUGUGCCACACUUUCUCAUUACAAUUUGAGUGUGGCCACAGUUUGAGAGUGGUCACCCAGCCCUUCUGUUGUUGUUGUUAUUUAUUAAUAUUUUUGUUGUGGUAAGAUUUAUGGAUCCCAUAUUGGGGUUAGGAUCCCACUAUACUUGGCACUGUACAAACAAAUAGCAUAGGCCCUGCUCCAGAGAGCUGGGUAUAGACAAUACUGAUCAAAUGUCCACUGCACUCAAUGGUAACUGUUCCAUUGACUUCAGUGAUGUUGGAUCAAGCCCCAUGAGUAAGGCAGAGUAAGGUAAUGAAGACAUAUGUGAUUUCAAAAGUUAGUAAUUGGCUGAAAUUAAAGCAUCAUUGCUGUUUUUCAUUUAGAUGCUUGUAAAAUUAAUUAGAUAUAAAUGUGAAGAAUGAAAUAUGAGCAUAAAAAAGUUACUGCAAUGACAGGAGCAAAAAAACUGAACAGAAGAUUAAAAAUAUAAUUACACCAGAAUGAAGAGAUACAUAGUUAAUUUAUAAAAAGAAAGAGAUUUUAGGGCUAAGUUCUUCCUUCUGUUUACCCUGGCAACACCAUUGGCUUUUUUCAAAGCCUAUGGGGUUGCAGUGAUGCAAUGAUGAAUGGAAUUUGGCUGAAUUACAUUAUAAGUAUUUUAUUGCACAGAGGCUGAGUGAAGGCAUGUACUGUUUAAAACCCACACUUGUGUAACAGAUGUGCUAAUCCUCCAAUUAAUCUUUCAUAUGCAUUAGAAUGCUUUGUACUAUAUUGCUUCCAUCUAUGCUAAAGAAGGCUUAUGGAAUUAGCUAGAUGUGUAGGGUAGUCACUACUCUUUGUCAUACCUGAAACUACAUUUGAACUCUAGACAACAUAAAAAUGCUCGGUUUUCAAGUCAGUGAAUUAUAUGGUGAGCUAAGUUCUUGCAACCCAACCCAUGUGCAGAAGAAAAAGAAAAGAAAGACGGCUUAUCCUGAGUUACCUUUUGCUUACUAGCAUAACUAAUGCCAUAAUGCAAUUCUUCAGUUUUUCCCCUUAGAAAUCUCAAUUUUAGCUCAUGGGGCAAAUGGAGAGAGAGAGAGAGAGAGAGUUGAAAUAACACAAAUGUUCUUAUGCAUGUUGUAAUUAAGGUAAUCAAAGUCAGUAACCCUGUCGAAGGAAAUUAGGUUACUUUGGCGUGAUUUGUUCUUGACAAAUUCAUGUUGGUUGUUACUUGUCAUCCUGUUAGCCUGUAGGUGCUUACAAAUUGAUUGUGUAAUUGUGUUCCAGUAUCUUUCCAGGUAUGCAGGUUAGGCUGACUGAUCUAUAAUUCCCUGUGUCCAUUUAGUCUCCCCUUUUAAAGAUGCUUAAACUAUGUCCUUUUCAAGUCCCCUGGGACAUCAUUCUCCUCCAUGAAUUCUCAAAGAUUAUCUCUUAUGGGUCCAAGAUUGUUUCAGUUUAGUUCUUACGAAUUGUAGGAUGAACGUCAUCCAACUCUGCUGACCUGAAUACAUCUAAUUUGGCUAAAUAUUCUUUAACCUGUUCUUUCUGUAUUCUGGCUUAUGUUCCUUACCCUUUGUUAAUAUUGUGCUUAUGGAGGAUAGGUCCACCAAUGGCAAUUAGUCAGGAUGGACAGGGAUAGUGUCCCUAGCCUGUGUUUGCCAGAAGCUGGGAACGGGUG